UGGAGGAAAUUGAAAUAAACGUUUGAACUGUUUCCUUACAAGAGUUGUGCUACCGAGUCUUCUCAUAAAAACAGUCGAUUUACUCGUCGAGGACGGUUCUUUUUAACGAUUGUGUAAUGGGGGAUCAUAUCGAGGUACAGAUCACCCCAGAGACUCCAGGCAGGCCUUCCAUUAGAAAUCCCUUUGAGAGUCCCAAUGACUACCACCACCUCAGGGAGCCUCUGGUGCCCAGUCCGUCUGUCUUCAGAUCCAAGCCCUGCAAGGCUACUCCACCUAAGUUUAACUGGUCUAUUGAUGAAAUGGCCAGUCUUCUACCAGUGCAUAUCGAUCCAGAGGAAAUUCAGCGGCAAUCAUUCUACCUCAGCCAGACGAGGAUGGAUUCAGACAUUGAGGAAAAAUGUCAGAAUGCUAUUGAACAGUUUUUCACCAAAGGAGCCAUUGUGCCUUCCCCGUGGGCAGCACCAGAAACCCGUAGAGCCACUCACCUGUACAAAAAAAGUCCUUUUUCUGAAGCGAUAUCAGAGGAGUCUGAAAAAAUCUCUGUUGCUUGCCAGACGACUCUUUCACUACCUUUGGCGUUUGAUUUGGAGAAAUUACUCGGAGAAUACUACCGCUACGAGGAGGCCUGUGACGCCGUGCAGGAGAGCCUCAGUUCCUCCUCGUUGAGGCGAAAGCUCUUCCUCGACGGCCAGUUCAGCUACAGCAGCUCCGACAGCUCCACGCCGCCAAGCCCUGACAGAGCCAACGGCCGACUCGACGGGCCGUCUCCCUACGGAGGUGGACCUGGAGCCGCAGGUGAUGGUGUUGAAGGGGAAGCAUUAACAUCUGUCUGUCUGUCACCUCUGGCCGGCAGCCGGUCGGCCCAGACUCCCUCUACGGGCCAGUUCUCGUCGAGUCCCAUCAAGCAGGGCUGCUUCAGAGACUGUAGCCUCGGCAGCAUCAGCAGCCCUCUGUUUCCUGAUAGGUCAUCUCCUGCUGGCCACGCCUCGCCGACUGUUUCUCCUAUCUAUGUUGACAUGGUGCGGACUCCCGUAGACUCAGGUGAGAAACCACACAGCAAUUUCACCCCACAUGGAGGUCCGCUGGAUGCGGACGUUGCCUUCACUAAUGAGAGUCCAUUUGUGGAAGGAUGCUCCCCAAUUCGUAGCUGCUCCCCUCACCAACUCCACUACCAACACCAGACCCAAAACACUUCCAGGCCCAAGGCUAGACCCAGAGUCCGCAACUGGGCGUCCCCUCCGCUGAUCUCGCCAAUCCUCAACCCGAAGCUCCAAGAAGACCGGGAUGCUGAAGAACACUCUUCCACCUCUUCCUCAUCUUCUCUCCCAGCCAUGGAACUAGACCCAACGUCGCCGCCGCCGGCGACAGACAGCCACUCUGCUGCCCCUGAGAGGAUUAACCUGGAUACCAUGGAGGUUGUGAAGAUGGAAGAAGGAGCAAAUGUAGAGCUUAAAAAAAGGCUGGAGGAGGAUGAGGAGGAGGCUGGAUUCCCUUCAGAACACCUGACUAGCUCUCGCAUGGGAAAUGCGUCGGCGACAGAAAGCUCUCAGAUAUUUCUCUCGCUCCUGGCAGAAGGAAGCAGCCUUCGCUACGACUCCAGCAUGCAGGUGGACAGUGGCUAUAACACCAUCUCAGCCGGCACCGCUAGCCUCAUCGACGGCAUCAGCUCGGACUUCCAGAGCAAAGAGUCCAUCAGUUCCAAUCCAGUAGAAGAAGCUUUUCCCGUCAACCGACUCAGUAAAGUUAAGGGAUUUCAUCCUCCUCGCUGCCUCACCUGAUUUUCUACGUUUAGAGGGACGCUCUUCCAACGAAGGCCUAUGAUUACUUUGCAAUAAAAUUCAAAUAAACUUACACUAUGUUUAGAAAUGUUGAGAUUUACCUGAAUGUUUUGCUGUGAAUGAAACUGCAGGGCAACAAAUACCUGACUGAAAGAAAAUGCUCUGCCUGUUAUGAAUAAUCACAGGGAAUGUUGAGCUGCAGGGUUUUUUUUUUCCAGUCAUUUUGUAAACCACUGAAAUUUCAUUCUUUGUAAUAGUUUUUAAAUUAAGAUGUUGUGGUUUGAUAAAAUUGGGGAAAUUUUGUGAAAAAAUGUCUUACUGUUGCACAUGAAUGAUCUUUUUUUUUUAAUGCUGUAUUGAUGCCCACGGGCAGAAUUUCAAUUAUAAUCUGUGCCAGUCUUUUACUGUAUUUAUAUUUUUAUAAAACUUUGUUUUCUAUUUUUCAAAACUCAUCAGUAUAACCAGUGCUUGUU